ACGAAAUUUCGAGUUGGCGCAACACAGUCGCGGUUCAGGAUCCCUUCCUGCUGACCCACUGGGCACCGAGGAGGCAAGGCUCUCGGUCGGUGUGGACGGGUCGAAGAGCGGACUAGGGUUGUGUCAGUAUGGCAGGGGCAACGUCGAUAACAUCUCUUGAGCCCGCGAAUGACAGUCGUGCCCAAAACAUUGGAGCCCUCGCCCAGCAGUGCACCCCCAGGCCUCGGCCAUCCCUGGGCACCCAGAGGGUCAUCCAGGGCAACGGAACCAACGUGGGCACCGUCAUCUCCUUGCAGUGCCCAGACCACACCAGGCUGAUGGGCAGUAAUGUGGUGUGUGAAAUGAGCCCCAGCAGCCCCCAGUGGGUCGGGGAAACCUAUUGUAGCCCCAUGUCUGCCUACGGGGAGUUUGGUUUCCGCGUUGCCGUGUGGGCGUCCAUCGUGAGCUCCUGCGUCAUUGUGGUGCUGACCAUGGCCUUCAUCAUCUGCUGUCUGCAUGCGCGCUUCAAGACGAAGACAAGGAAGAGAAGUCGCCAGAAGAGGGAAACAGAGGAGGAAGAGUGGCUUCGUAGGCAGUGUGAGGGGGGCAGGACUGGUUUCCCUCAUCAUCAUCAUCAUCAUCAUCACAGCAGAAACAACAACAACAACAACAGCCGUCAGAAGGCAGCGGCGAUGCUUUCAGGCGGCCGUGACGGUGCAUUUGUUGACAACAAAGCACCAUGCGGGUCUUGUCUCCUGCAUCCCUACGCCGAUCGUACCGUUCCAUCUUCAACUCCCCUCCCUGGAAUUGGCUACAGACAAUCUCCCUUAACCCGGGACAAGAGACUGGAGCAGGACGAGGCAGGCCCACAUCCAAACUCCCAUUAUCUCCAGCGCAACUCACCUGCAACGAACGGGCCGCCCUGUCCGAUGGGCCGUGGAGAACAGGAGUCAGGUCCAGCGCAGAGCUCAGCUGCUUGCUCGGCCGGUGGCCGUGGUGCUGGCGUGGUGCGACAGCUUGGAGGGCAGGAGCACAGAAUACCGCGAGUGGCCCCACACACCUCCCAGGAGCCCCAAGUUGUGAAACCAAAAACAGAAUGCUCCAUACGGAUUAUAUCUGUGUGAGCAGGACACAUAUUUGAUAUAAUGAAACAAAACAAACUGUAAAUAGUUUUAGUGGUUGAGUAGGUGAUGUUUUUUCUUACGUCAAUGACUGAAGGAAACUAAAAGGCAUAAUUCAGUGAAAACAGUGAGUACCAUUUCGGAGGCUGUGCCUUUGGUGAAAUUGUAUGGAGACACUGCCAUCUGUCUGUGAGAGUGAGCCAUUGCACUUUUAAGGAUGCCUUUCUUGUACAUAAUUCUGCAGGCCAUUGUCAUUAUAUUUGCGCAAGAUUUCAUUUAAAUAAAUACAUUUUAAAUGCAUUACUGUUCUUUUUCAAGGAAGUCAGACUAACUGCAGUUAGUUAUUGAUCUUACUGCUUUGAAUUCAUUAAUUGGUACUCAGGUAUGAAUGAAGCGGAAAAAGCUAGUCUUAGCGGUAUAAACCCCUUCUGCUCUGGUUAAUCUAUGGGAUAGUCGUCACUAUAAAUAGCAUGUAGGUCUAUUCCCUUUUUUGUUGUUCGGCCAAGAUAACCUCGUUCCCUCCCGGCCAUUCUAAUCUCACUAAGGAUCGCCUGGGACGGGAUGCCCCACGCAAGCGUUAUUGGCAGGAUAGAGGUCGAGACAUUCGAUAGAGAGAUAGCCUUUCCAUUGACGUUGGCUUUUUGAAAAUUUUCUUCAAAACUCCAUAUUUAUUCUCCACCUCAUCGGUGUUGUUGUUAUAAUUUUCGUGUUCUUAUUAUUUGUGCUCCUGGGACU